CUUCACCAACUCUCUACAUCAUGGGCGUCACUCCUAUCAACUCCCUCGAGGAAUUCAAGACCAUCAUUAACGGCGACAAGCCCGUCAUUAUCGACUUCUGGGCUACUUGGUGUGGACCCUGCCGAAUCAUCUCUCCCAUCUUCGAGAAGUUCUCGGACACCACCGACAAAGUCGGCUUCUACAAGGUCGACGUCGACGCCCAACAAGAAAUUUCGCAAGAAGUUGGCGUUCGAGCUAUGCCCACGUUCACCGUCUUCCAGAAUGGCAACAAAGUAGAUGAGCUCGUCGGUGCUGUACCCGGGAAGCUCGAGGAGCUCGUCAAGAAGUUCUCUGCUUAAAUUAAAGCAAACGCGGAAGGACGUUCACAGUAGUAUCAGGAUUCCAUUGUACCAUAGGACAGUCCGACAGCUAUGAAUCAUCAGCAGCACUCGGUCGGCUC